UUUGGCAAGAUGAUUUUCUCUCCCAAAUUUUCAUUUUCAAUCCACAUGAGGCUGACAGCGAAGGGAUUGCUCAGAAGCCUCCAGCUGCUGUCAGGAUGCAAGAGCACUGUGGUGUUUCAGGCAGUUGACAAGUCAAGGACGAGUUCCCGAAACCAGCAGCCCCCGACAAAUGGGCAACCAGAUCUGGUACCGCCAGAAAGCAAGUCCAGAAUCGAGUACUACAAGGCUCUGUGUGAGAAGAAGAACCAGACCAUUCCAGCAGCUGGAGAGCUCUUCCGAUCCAACAACCGCAGGUUCGAGGCUGUUGCUGUGGUCAUAAAGCAUCUAUGUGCUGGGCAUGAGGAGAUGAUGAAGCAGCGCAGGGAGCUGUCUCAGGAGCUGGUCACCUUGCGUGAGGAGCUGGUUUCACUCUGCUCAUCCUGUGAGCGUCUGGAGCAGGAGAAGGAGGAGCUGCGUGCUGCUUUUGAUGGAGUUCUACAGAAGGUCCAGGAGCAGCACCACUUGGACCUUGCUGACCUCGAGGAGAGACUGAAGACCUUUUACUCCACUGAGUGGGAGAAGGUCCAUCAGACUUACCAGGAGGAGGCUGACAAGUGCAAAGCUCAGAUGGAGCAGCAGCUAAAAGAGUUGCGAGAAAAACAUGAGGCUUUGAAGAAGGAACUGGAAGUAAGCCAUAUGGAGGAGGUGGAUGGCCUUAAACUACAGUUUGAACAGACUUUCAAAGAACUCAGACAGUCCCAUGAAAAGGAAAUGCAGGCUUUCAAUGCAACACUGAAGGAAUCAGAGGACACGUUAUCUAAUAGAAUUCAGGAGCUCAUAACAGAGAAUAACAACCUCAAAGAAAAGCUGGAUGCAGAGGUGAAGAGAAGGAUGGACCUGGCUGAGAAAACACAGGACUCCCAUACUCUUUAUCUGGAGCAGGAGCUUGAAAGCCUUAAAGUAGUGCUGGACAUCAAAAACAAACAGAUCCAUGAACAGGACAAGAAACUCUUGCAGAUAGACAAACUGAUGGAGAGGAAUGUGAAGCUGGAUGAAUGUCUUAAGAAACUACAACAGGAAAACGAGGACCUUAAAGCCAGAAUGGACAGACAUGCUGCUUUGUCAAGACAACUGUCCACAGAGCAGGCGGCUUUGCAGGAAACCCUCCAGAAGGAGUCCAAAGUGAACAAACGCCUGUCUAUGGAGAAUGAAGAGCUGCUCUGGAAGCUCCACAACGGUGAUCUGAGCAGCUCCCGCAAGGUGUCUCCUUCCCCGUCCUUGAAUCUCCAGUCACCGCGGAACUCUGGGACAGUGUUCUCCAGCCCUCCCGUCUCACCCAGAUAACAAUGGCCUUCAGCUUCCAGGAAGCUCUUUCAUUUAUGAGGGAGCGCUUCCUGCAUGCUGAAUCUGGUCUGGACCAUGUCAAUGGCUCUCAAUAUGGAAUUGACUUUGUUGACUCUUGUACAGAUUAAAAAAAACAAACUGAAGACUAGAUUGCACAGAAGCACUUACCAAUGAGGUUACCCUCGUAUUUUGCCUUUCACGUCAGACUAUGGAGGAAAAAAGAAAUAUCUCAGGGCUUGUAGAAGGUUUUUCUCAAAGGUAGGGGGUUUUGUUUCCUCUCCUAGAUUGCUUUGUUCCCUGAAGCUUCCUGACUUUUUCUUUUAAUUUUUUUUUUUUUUUUUUUUUUUUUAAUAGGUUACUGACUUUUG